UAGUAUUUAUUUUUGAAGGGCAUAAAGAUGAAUAUUCACGUCAUACUUUCCUUGUGUAAAAACAAUUAUAUUUGUGGACCACCAGAAUGUAUUUUAAUCUUCAGCCGCGGUAAAAAUGUAAAAAUACAUUUCAAUUAUUGUACAUCUUUUUUUCUGCUAUUCAAAAAAAUGUUGUGAAAUUGCUUUGACUUUCAAUUGCUUGCUAAUGUCAUGAGCUCUCUCUGAAACACAAUGCUGGAGAUCAUUUUUCAUUUGUUUUGAAUAUAAUUCUAAUCUAUUUAUAUCUUUGCAAUCACAUUGAGCACCUUGAAAUUAUUUGCUUCUGGUAAUAGAGCAGUAUAGCAGGUAUUUUUUUUUAGGUUUAAUUGACAUGUAUUUUACAACCUAGUGCCCAGGACUAAAUUAUUAAUUUCUGUUGAAAAUAUUGAUAAAUGUUAAAAUAAAUAGUAUAGAUGAUAAUUUUCUUUUUUUAUCUUCGCUACCUUCAAGCAACAGGUGGCCACUGAGAAUAUCAAAAAUAAAUAUAAAAUGCAUUUAAUAAGACACAUGCAACUAUCUCCUCUCCAUUGACACCAUUCAUUUUAUCAUGCGCACUGUGAUUGCUGAGAUAUAAAUGGAUAACAAAAUUAUAUAAACAUUAGAAAAUAUUGUUCCGUACAUUGCUGUUACAGACAAUCCGUGAUAUUAUUAUGCUGUUUAUUUUUAUACUAAAAAAACCUAAUUAUACAUAAAAAAUCAGAUUUUACAUUAGGUUUAAUAGCCCUUUUCAUCGUACUAUAAUAUUUUAGAAAAAGAAAAAAAGCACUCGUAAAUUUUUUUACCAGUGUGUGGGUGAGUGCGUGUGCUCAAGGAAUGGCCUGAUAAUAGAGUUUGAAUCAGCCCGUCUUAACGUGGUGUAUUCUACCAGUUGUGGUUCAUCUGGUAUCUGGAAUAGAUAUUUAUCAACGCUGUUUUUAAAAAAGUCCAGUGUGCAACCAGACAUAUUACGGAUGGAUUUGGGAAGGAGGUUAAAGAGCUCCAUGGAUAGAUAUGUAAAAAAAUAUGGAUAGCAGAGAAUUGCGAUUUGCAAAUUCUGGUUCAUUCAAUGGCUCUAUUCCAGAUCUUGUGCAAGGUAAUGGCAGCCUAGCUCUUCCAAAUUCACCAAGUACAUGUUUGGUAAAUGGGGAUGUUGAUCAUGUGCAACUUUUAUCGGCACAAUUAAGUUCACUGCUUCGGACUGAAGAUUUUACAGAUGUUACUUUUAUUGUGGAAAACGAAAGGUUUUGCUGCCAUCGUAUAAUACUCUCGGCACGGUGUGAGUAUUUUAGAGCAUUGUUGUACGGUGGGAUGAGAGAAGCAAACACUCAUGAUGAAAUUAUAUUACAGGACACCCCUGUCACAUCUUUUCGGAUAUUAUUGGAUUAUCUAUAUAGUGGUAUGGUGUCCUUAAAAAACCUUAAAGAGGAAGACAUGAUUGACUUAUUAGGCCUUGCACAUAAAUAUGGUUUGUUAGCUUUGCAAAGUGCAAUUGGCAGUUUUUUAGAAGCAAUUGUAAGUGUUAAGAACGUACCCUUGAUUUACGAUGUGGCUUGUUUAUAUCAGCUCUAUACACUUCGUGAUAAAUGUUUAAUGUUUAUGGACCAUAAUGCUGUUGAUGUGCUUGAAACAGACGGUUUCACGUCAUUGACUAAAAGUGCAAUCACUACUAUUAUCACAAGAGAUUCAUUUUGUGCUCCGGAGGUUAAAAUUUUCAAGGCUGUUGCCAAGUGGAUCCAAACUAACAAAGAAAAAGAGGGCAAUUGUAAUGAAAUUUUGAAGACUAUUCGCCUGCCAUUGAUCAGUUUGUAUGAUUUAUUUCAUGGCGUUCGAGAAUCAAAUUUGUACCCUUCUGAUGUAAUACUGGAUGCUAUUCAAAUGAAAACUGAAUGCAAAGUGAAUGACAUGCCAUUUCGAGGACAUUUAGAAGAAGAAAGCAACCUAGCACAAGAAUGUCAUGGCGCUGAAGUUCUGUUUGGUGAAUUUAGCGACACUCUUUUUCAUGGUGAAUACACAUGUUAUGAUCUAGAAAAGGGUUUCACAAGACAUUUGAUAGGAGAAGAAGAAAAACAAGGUGUUGUGAUUGACUUAAGAAGACCAAGUAUAAUCAACACUAUACGUUUAUUAUUGUGGGAUAAAGACCAUAGGUCAUACUCAUACCUCAUAGAAUGUUCACUAGACAAUCAAAACUGGACACAAAUUAUUGACUAUUCUAAAUACUUUUGUCGCUCCUGGCAAAGAAUACACUUCCCCCCAAAGGUUGUCAGAUACAUCAGGGUGCUUGGCACACACAACACUGUCAAUCGCUACUUUCAUCUGGUUACAUUUCAGUGUUUUUACUUAUCGAACACGCUAUCUUUCCGAAAUGAAAUUAUGGUCCCAACAAGUAAUGUGGCCUAUCUUUUGGAAAAUGCACUCCUUAUUGAAGGUGUAAGUCGCAAUCGACAUGCAUUAAUUGAUGGAAACACAAAAAAUUAUGAUUGGGAGUCUGGAUAUACCUGUCACCAGAUUGGAAGUGGGUGCAUUACUAUACAGCUUGCUCAGCCUUAUAUAAUUGGCUCAAUGAGAAUGCUGUUAUGGGACUGUGAUAACAGAGAAUACAGUUACUAUAUUGAAGUGUCAACCGAUCAAAUACAUUGGACAAUGGUUGUUGACAAAAGAAAAGAGAGUUGCAGGUGUUGGCAAAAUAUGACCUUUGAACCACAACCAGUGUCUUUUAUCAAAAUAGUUGGCACAAGAAACACUGCUAAUGAGGUCUUCCAUGUUGUCCAUUUUGAAUGCCCAUCCUCAGUUGUCGAAACUGACACGCUGUCAGAUACAUCACAAUCUUCUGAAAGGUCAUAAACGGAGUGAAGAACAACAGAUUAAACACCAGUUUGAUGCGUGGGAUGUUAUUAACUGUCGAUGGAUGCUUUUUUGCUAUGUGUUUUUGAAAUGUAAAUAAUUAUGAGAAUUUUUUUUUGACAAUUUUUUUUUGUUUGAAGCCGUUAAAAAUAUAAUAAAAAGAAAAUGUUACAAGAUAUAAUUUUUUGUUAAAAAUUUUGCUAAGAUCUUGCCUAUCAAAAACCAUGGAAAGAUAAAUUUCUGACUACCACAAUUUAAGUUGUACUAUAAUGUGAUACAAACUUUAAAGUUUAUAAACAUGAACUAGAGAGAGAAUGGUUUUAUAAGAUCCCAUGAGCACUAAAUCUUCUAUUGACUUUAUUAAAUAGAGUUCUUAAAGAACAUACUACUACAUUUGUGUAGAUGUUUACUAUCAAUUACCUAAAAAUCUGCAUCUAACCCCUAUUAUAGUCUAAAAAUAAUUAGUCUCCUGUCUUCACAUAUUUAAUUAAUGUGUAACAAAACCUUUGUGUUCCCCAAACCGUUAAUAUUAUGAAAAAUUUGUGUAAAAAAUGUUUUUUUCAUACAAACUGUUUAUAUAAAAAUACGCAUCGCCUUGCUGAUUUUUAUGCUAUACAUUGUUUUUUAUCUUUUUUAAUCUUAUUUUAGUUUAUAAUUUUCAUUAUGUUAUAGUUUUAUUAUUUUUACCCUUUUUUAUGUAGUCUUGCUUUGAAAAGGUAACCUCCCUUGUGUGAAAUUUUUUAUUUUUUCUUUAAAUUUCCAUAUUAGUUAUAAAAACUUGAACAACACUCUCGUUCGUUGAAUUCACUUAGGAUUGAGGGAGCAUUUAGGAUAGAGGGGUUUACAAAAUGAUCAUAAAAAAACAUAACAAGAAAGAGUUUUUCAAUAUAUUUUACUUUCAUCCCCCCGUUGUAAAUAGUUACUAGAUACAUAAAUCAGGAUGUCAGCUCUGUCAGGAAAGUUAGUAAUUGUUAUAAUUUUUAAAGUAUUGUCACAAUAUCAGAAAAAGUCAGGUGUAUCAACAAUCUAUUUGAUAUGUCAGAAAGAUCUCAGGAAUUUUUAGGUUUAAAUUGUCAAUUAGAACUAUUUUCAUUUGCCAAAAUAUUUUAUCAGGAAAUAUCAUUUAAAAAUCAAGAAAUAUCAGGCAUUUUAGUAAAAAAAUUCAAGAAUAUGUCAGGAAGGAAAAAAUUAAAGUUAAGUGGACACACAGUUAAUAUACACAAACUUUUCAAAAUAAAAAAAAAAUGGGUUUUUUAGUUUUUUUUUAAUGGGUGCUUAUUUCAGCGUGAGAGUUCUACAAGUUUUUUCAGCAUGUGGUUAAUGUGAAGAUUAAACUUGGUACAAAGUGUGGUUAUUCAUAUUAGUGUACAUGUGUGUGGUGAUUUAAGUUAGGAGUGCCAUAAUAAAAAUAAAAUGUGGUAUAUCUAUACUUAGAUAAUUGUAUAUAUAAGUUUUUUACAGAUUUACAAAAGAA